GGAAAAUCCCAUGUAGUGCUACAGAAAGACCAUUUAAAAUUUUUCAUUUUAUUUUAUUGUUUGUCUUUAUUGUUAUGCCUAUUUGGGAGAAAAUUUUGGGUACUUUACUGGCAUGUAAGUCUGUUUACUAAGUAAGUAGUAUUCGUUAGAAGAUAAUUAGACGUAUAAAUAUAGGCCUAGCCUAGUAGUUAGUUCUAGUUAGUUAGUUAAGUUAAGUAGUAAGAGUUAAGAAUGUACUUAGUCUUUCUGAGUCUUAGGACUUAGGCCUAUGCCUAUGGUGUAGCAUACUAUUAAUAUUAAUUUAAUACAACAAAAAAAACAUUAUUAGCCCUUUUUAAAACUAUUAAUUACAAAGGUUAUUGCUCGUUUAUUAUUAUUACACUAAGUUCACUAAGUAAAGUUAAGUUAGUUUAUUCAUCAUCAAAGUCAAAACGAAUUGUUAUUAUAAUAAAUAAUAUUAUAUUUGAAUUUGAUACCCCAUGUCUAUAUAUUAUCUAGUCUAUAUUAUUAUUCAAAUUGACAUACUUUUUAAAUUAAAGUUUAAUUUUAAUUACUUUUUAUUAUUAUUAUUUAUUAUAUUUGUAUAAUUAUAUACCUAGGUUUAUUCCUACAUUUAAGAAUAUAAUCAGAUUCACUAUAACAUCUCUCUGGUCUUGUUGGAUAUCAACGUUACAAUUCAUAUAGAACUGCAAAAAAUAAAUUAGAAAAAUCUUAUUCUUGUCUUAUAUAGGUUGAUAGCAAUUAUACUCUAAUUAAUAUCAUAUGCUAUAAUAUUAGAUUUAGAGGCAAUAUGGUAAUAAAAAACAAAUUGCUACAGAAGCAUCAACAAGAAAAAACCAAUACAAACAAAUAGAUAGCAUCAAUUAAAUUGCAUAAAUAAUUUAUAUUUAAAUUUACCAAGACAUAGUCAGUAUAUGCAUUAUUACUAAAGAUGUGUUAUUUUUUAAUAUUAGGCCUUCAGUUUUUGUCUAAAAGUUGCUAAAAUUCUACAAUACACAUUUCAUAUUGCCAACCAAGGAAAAAUAACUUGCAGCAGUCAGAAGAGGUAGGCCAUCUGGCCACAAAACAUGUUACAAACAUGCUAUGAUUAUGCAAAUUGCUGUUAUUGACCAGGAAAAACUUACUGCUGUUAGAAAUAAAAAAGUUAAAAAAUAAUAAAAACAUAAGAUGGUUUUGGCCACCUAAGUGGCUGCCCCAAUUUCUAAAGUUUGUAAUAAAUGGUGAAAAAGGUCUGGUAUAAAUAACACUGUAUGUAAUAUCACUGUUUAUAAUAUCAAAUAAUAAAAAAAUUUAGGCCUAUGCAUCUGACCAAGAUGUUUUUGCUAUUUGCAAAUUCUGACCUUAUCUUCUAUUUGAAUUUCUUGAGUAUACCAUGCAAUGUUUAAAUUAUCGGCAUAUAAGACGACUUUUAACCUAUGAAAAUAUUUUCAAAAGAUGGGGUUGUCUUAUACACCAGGGGUCGUCUUAUAAGCUGGUAUCUGGCGUGCUGAAACUAAUAAAAACAACAGGACAUGAGAAGUUCAGUUUUACAGUGGUACUAGCCUGCACAGUUGAAGGUGCCAAACUGAGACCAAUGAUUAUUUUUAAAGGAAAACAAUGCUGAAACUCAAGUUACCUGUUGGUUGUUUUGUACAUGUAAUGAAAAAGGCUGGAUUGAUGAAGGAGUAAAGCUUUGGAUUGAUAAUGUAUGGAGCUGGCGACCAGGUGAACUUAUUCAAAAAUGUAGUCUAUUGGUGUGGGAUAUGUUCAGGGCUCAUUUAACGCCCAGCACCAAGCAAAGGCUGGCUAGAACAAAUACAGAUGCGGCAGUUAUUCCUGCAGGAUUGACAUUGUCGGUACAGCCACUGGAUGUGUACCUAACCAAUUAUUUAAAGAUCACAUUCGAGAACAGUGGAAUGAGUGGAUGGUUAGCGGCAAAUAGUCAUUCACCAAAGGAGGAAACAUGCAUGCUCCACAGUUUGAUGUUUUGUGCAAGUUUGUCAUAAAAGUCUGGAAUGAUAUUGAUGCAGAAACAGUAAUCAAGUCUUUCAAGAAGUGUGGCAUAUCAAUUUCAUUAGAUGAUAUGGAGGACAACUACUUGAGGCAAGAUGAAGAGGAAGCGGCAGCUGAGACCACACCAUCUGAUACAGAACUAGAUCCUAUGAUGACUGCCUUAAAAAUGUAUCACAAUUUGUCAUCAUUGAUGUACUAAUGAUAUCAGAUGAUGAGCAGGAGGGUUUUGAAGACUGACUCGCCUGGGAUUUGCCCAGCCCUUGCUCUCUCUCUCUCUCUCUCUAUUGUUUGUUAUCAUCCUCCUAUCAUCAUCAGUUCCAGUUUUGUUGACAGCUUAGAAAGCAAACAGCAUGGCAGCUCAAUGGGUUUAUUGUCUUAUCCUUCCUUUCAGCUUUAGAGUGAAUUAGGAAAAGUUUGAUCCACUUGCACUGUUUUAUGUUCACAUGCUUGAUGACAAACAGCCUUAUGUUUUUAAGUGACAGUUUUCCUGCUAAGUGCCUGCAUGUCAUCAGCAUUUGAAUUAAAAUUACCAUAUUGAAAUCAAAUUUGAUAUUUUAACAUUUUUAUUUGGUGUGCAUUAGAAGAGGGCUAGUCUUUUAAUAGGAAAAGUAGGGGGUUGUCUUAUACGCCAGAAAAUACUGUAUUUAAUUUACUAUUUUUUAAAAAAAGCUUAUGGAGCUUUUAUAUCUAUAGGACUAUCUUCUUCAACAGAGAAAAAUUCAGAUGUGUCUUAAUAAAGCUGCAAAUAUACAGGGCUAUUGGUAAUGCACUUUCUAACUAUCUGAAGUUUCAACAUCACUCUCCUGGGCUGCUGAUCUCUUUUGGUGUUUUAUGGCCAUUGGAUUGACAAGUGAGUCAACAAAAUACUAAUUUUGAUUUAAUCGCAUGUGAAAACAAAUAUUAAAAUGGUUUGAUGGGCAGUUCUUCUGACCACCCGUGGCUUUGACUAUGUUAUAAAUCAGGGGUGGGCAAACUUUUUGUGCGUAGGGCCAUAUUGACAAAUGUAAAUCUAUUGGGCGGACGGAGGGCCACAUUGACAAAUGUAAAUCUAUUGGGGGGCCAGAGGGUCACAUAGACAAAUGUAAAGCUACUGGGGGGCCGUAGGGCCACAUUGACAAAUUUAAAUCUAUUGGGGGGCCGUAUGUAUAUUAUGUCCAAUUUUUACAUGUUGAUAAAAAUUUCUUUCUAUUAAAAUAGGUAAAUUCGCAUUUUAGCAUUGCAUGACAAAAUUCAAGGACUUUUAAAAAAAAAGAAAAUUAGAAAGAAAUUUGAUCAAAAAUGUUAAAUCAACAUAAUGGUGUAUGAAAUUCUGUAAAAUUCAACAAAAUAACGUAAAAACAAAGUAAUUUUUUUAUAUUGUUAAAUGCCUUCGACGGCCGCAUAAUAUCAGUUGUCGGGCCGGCCCCUGGGCCAUAGUUUGCCCACCCCUGUUAUAUAUGGUAUCGAAAGUAUAUUGAUCAAAGCAUGUCUUUUGCAUAACUCAUGCUAUUGGUGACAAAAAGCAGUUAGUCCGAUUUCAUCAAUGUCAUUGUAAUUUAUUUAGCUAUAUUUUUAUUUUACGAUUUCCCUGUAUAAAUGUCAGCCCUAUUGUGAAAAAUCUGUUGUAUACAUAUAUACACAUAGGUAGAAAGUAAGCUAGAUCUAUGAUUAUGAUGUCUGUUUGUUUAAUUUAUUUUCUGAAUGUAAUAAAAUUUAUUGUUUUUUUGUUUUAGGAAAUAUAAUGGCCACUAAGAAGCAGCAGACAAAUAUUCAUAACCGAUUUCCCAAAACAACUAAUAUUCUUGCAAAAGAAGAAAAUGGAAAUAGCUUUUCCAGAAGACUGUUUGUGAUGCGACAUGGGGAGCGCUGUGAUUUCACUUUUGGGAAGACUUGGAUGAGAAAAUGUUUUGAUGAAGAUGGUAUUUUUAUAAAAAUCACAUAUUUUUUUAUUACCUAUUAGAGGUGGAGCUCAUACCUAGACAUUAUCUCUUAGAUAAGGCAAAGCCUUAGAGCGGGGUAUACAAACUUUGACCAUGUCCCAGUAUAUAUAUGCACACAAUUAAUAAAAUUUACAAGAAAAACAUGAGGGGUGGUCAAUAGUCAAUACACACAAAUCAAGAAAUAUAUUAGUUGUAAGAAUCUCCUACCACAAUAGUAGCAAUUAAAGAAGGCUGACUGCACUGGAGGGCAAACCCCAAAAGAAUGCUGGAUUGCAUAGACGUAAAGGUAGGGUUCAGACAAAAACCAAAGAACAGAAGACUCAUUGUUAGACCAAGACUGAGGUGGACUGAUUUUGCUGAGACAGGUUCUGGAUCAGGGGCCAUACAUGUAUAGAAGAGAAACAACAUGGAUCAAUUUGAUUGGAAGGAUGUGGUGGUGCAAGCUAGUCCCUCCUUAGGCUUUAGUGCUAUUGUUGAAAAUUAAAGUAACACUUGUUUACCUGGGCAAACAUUGUAUGCUAAUGCCUUUUUUUUAUAUUGAUGUUGAAUUCAUGGCUUACCUUAAAAAAUCAAUUAAAAUGAUAGAUAAUGACCUUUCUUGCUGACUUUUAUAUUUUAACUUAAAGGAUUUAAGAAAAUAAUUAUGAGAUUGUCACUCUAAUUUGUGAUGAAAAAUAGAAAAAAAACAUAUUUAGCUGAUAGAUCUCAUACAUAAAAAAAUAAAAUUUCUCCCAUUAUUUAAAAUUUGUGAAAAAUAUAAUAUGAAUUCCCUAAAAUUUGUGCAAUCAAGAUUUGGCAUGUUAGGACUGCACCAUUAAAAUGACUGUCCAAUCUUGUUCAAGGACAUCACAAAAAACAUUUAAGCUUGCCCCACCUCCCCAGCAGCUCUUUUGAGGUUUAUAUAUAAAAUUAUAUUAAUGAUGUCUCUGAGGGUAUAAGGGGCACACUUUUAGGAGUCUUUCUGCCAUCGUUUAGACAAGGUAUGUUCCUAAUUUCUAAAGUUAUUUCAGGUAUUUAUAAACAAACAGACCUCAACCUGCCAAAAACAAUGAUUAAAAGACAGCCUAUUACUGACUAUUCCAAAGAUUCACCUCUCACAGAACUUGGCAUGUUUCAAGCCAGAGCCACUGGUAAACAGAAAUAUUUGAAUGCUUUUUUUUUUUAAUUACAUGCAGUCUGCCCCGGUUUUUUUUGUUUGUUUUUUUUUUGUACAGACCCACUAUAAGCAAUAUUUGAAUUGAUGUUAAGAGUUAGGAGAGCAUAGACAACAUUAUGUCUACUCAUAUUUUUUAAAUCUCUGAAAAGCAUUAGUGGUUUUGAUUUUCAGGUGAUGCAUUCAGGAAAGCUGAUGUGGAUAUAAAAAAUAUUUAUGUUUCUCCUUCACUUAGAUGUGUUCAAACUGCACAAAAUGUCAUUGAAGGUGAGUAGAAGGGAUUGGAAAAAUUAAUUGUUAUUUGUUUAUUUGUAUAUAUUCCUCAUUCUUUUCUCCAUUAAUGCAAAUCACAAUCAAUAUAUAAAAGUAAACAUCAUUGGGGAUUCGAGCAUGGAGACAGAAAGCCAUGGACCGCUCCGAGUGGAAGGAUGUGGUGGAGCAGGCCAGGGCCCUACAUGGGCUGUAGUGCCACUGAUGAUGAUGAAACAUCAUUAUCAUUUAGGGUUGAAUUACUUUUUAAUUUUAUUUUUGAAAGUACACAAUAGCAGGUCUUUUUUUUUUUUCCAAAAGAGAGCUUCUAAAGCAGUGAUGUUAAAAAGAAUAUGUGAAUUUAAAAAUUACCAUUUCAACAGCUAAAGCAAAAUUAUGAAUAAAAUAAUUGUUUAUUGCAAAUUUUUGAAAACAUUCCCCUUAAAUUUGUCCUUGGUCGAGCAUAGACAUGUUGUCUUGUAACUGUUUUGCACAGUAUGUUGUGUUCUUUUGUGCACGAUAUGUGAACAUUCUUGGUGCCAUGAGGCUUGUGGCGUAUUUAUGAUGUGAUUUUAUGUAUGUAUGAUGUUGUUUCUAGACUGGCAUGGAGUACGGGCUAUCAUUGGCAGUUACACUCUUAGCUGAGAAUAGAAAGAUUGUAUUGUGUUCCUCCUAUGUUCUGCAUUAUAUAUAUGUGUGUGUUUGAAGUAUUGUACGACCAGAUGAUAAAUAACUUGGAUUAAAGUUUACUCUGUUCUUGGUAUAGGACACGUGUUCAGUUUUAAUGACCUUACGACAUAUAAACAUGUGAACCAAUUUGAAGUGAGAACCUUAAUCUCGUCAUCCUUCCAAAAGUCUCUUAAGUGCUAGAAUUGAAAGCUCUUGUUACAAAUAAACCUUUAUUUAGGAUUUUCUUGAUUGUAGUUUUUAAUCAUUGAAUAAAAAAGUGAACUAAGUUAAAAGCCUUUUCAUUAUUUGGUUUAAUUUCAAAACAUAAAACAUGUAAUACUAAAUAUUAAAUGACUUUCAUGAUAUUGCGUAACUUCCAUGAAAUUAUUAUAAUAUUACCAUUAAACUGUUGAAGAACAUCUGUAAUUUCCAGGUCUGGAUAACAAUGCUAAAAUGUGUAUAGAACCUUCUGCCUUUGAGUGGUUUGGGUGGUACAAGAAUGCCAUGCCACAUUGGCUGACUGCUGAUCAAUUGUCAGAGCAAGGAUUUAAUAUAAAUGUAAAGCACAAGUAAGUGACAUGGUCUGAUUACUGUUGAAAUGAAAAUAUAUACAACAGCUAUUCUGAAGCGUAAGUUGGAUUGCCUCCCUUCUCUACGAUAGGGCUCAACUUAAAAUUCAGGCCAUGUAAUAUCCAGCCACAGCUCACUGUAUCUGGGUUGUAGAAUAAACCCUUUAAUCAUUUUCCAGAUGUGGAUCAUAAUAUGCAAGAUAAAUUGUGGAUAAAAAAAUAUAAAUUAUAUAGAACGGUUACCAUGAACUUUGAUUUUUAUAGAGAGCUGAAGUCAACACCAAUUUCUGCUGCUGUGAAAUCCUGGUCGAAGAGAUGAAUCUUUUAUGCUCAUAAAUAUUAAUUUAAGAAUAAUACAAAUUUACUAUUUACAAAUUUUAUUUAUCUUUUUUUUUAAAAAAAUGAAUAAUGCUCCAAAUCAGUAAUCUUGGAAAUGGGUUAAUUGUAUUUUUAUUUUAUUUAUUAAAAGGGGGGGGGGGGUGUUGGUUGUUUAAAUUGUUGAUACAUUUUAAAGGUAAAAUCGCAGUAAUUUUAUUGUAAAAGAUUUUGAUAUAUUUGAAGGCCUUUUAUUUUUAAAAAAAUGAAUAAUGCUCCAAAUUAGUAAUUUUUGAAAUGGGUUAAUUGUAUUUUUAUUUUAUUUAUUAAAAGGGGGGGGGGGGUGUUGGUUGUAUAAAUUGUUGAUACAUUUUAAAGGUAAAAUCGCAGUAAUUUUAUUGUAAAAGAUUUUGAUAUAUUUGAAGGCCUUUUGUUCAGAUCAAAGAUCUACACUUAGAUGAGACAGUUACAGACUACUAUGAGAGAUGUCAUCGGCUGGCAGAGCACAUUCUUAAAAAGCAUGAGGAAGAAGGUAAAGAACUGAUUAACUAUGUAUUUAAGGCUGAGUAACUUAGUUUGGCAUUGUUAGUCUUAUACAGAAAUUACCUUGAAAUUAUAUUCAUAAUAUGUAUAAAUUUUAAGUUCCCCCAUUUAGAUCAUAGGUUAGUACAGUCCAUCUGCUACAGUAUGAUUUCCUAGCAAUAUAAUUGUAUCUACUUUUCUCUGUUUUAUUUGUUCUAUACAUUUCCAAUGUGUAGACACUUUCAUAACCUGCCAAGGGGUUGAUUUUCUCCACCCUUUAUCGUACAUUUUUAUUAGGUUGAAAGUUCCUAUGAUUAUUUUUCAUUUUAAUAUUAUUUUAAUAUCAAGAUAUAUUCUGUUGUGUGUGUGUGGGUUCAAAAUAAAAACAACUUUUUAAAAAAAAGUAUUUUUUUAGGUGGUGAUAUUUUGAUUGUUGCUCAUGCUGGAAGUCUUGAUACUUUUACCCGUCAACUCCGUGGACGGAAUCCCAGAACUUCUCAGGAAAUGCACCACAUCCUCGCCAGCUUUACGUACUGUUGCUUAUGUUGCUUGGCACAAGAUGAAAAGUCAGGGAGUUGGUGCCUCUCAGAUCCACCCAUUCCUACACUAGGGGAAUUUGACUGGAAAGUUCUAUUAUGAUUGCUAGCUCCUUUAGUUCAGAUUUUUUUUUUUUACAUUAUCUCAACACUUUGACAAUAAUUUUGUUCAACCCUCACUGCAAGGGAAAUGUCCAUAUAUAGGAAAACAUUAAGUCAAUAAGAGCAGUUUUGCUAGAAAGCAUUUAUGUAUUUUGUUCUUUGUAACUUUCUAUAACUUGGUCAAAUUUAAAGCAUCUUAGUGAUGGUUGCAGUUUUAUGCUAACAUUUAUUGGUAUUGAAUAUCAAAAACUCAAGAUGGG